CGGAAAAAAAAAAGAGAAAGUUUCAAAGAUGGCGGAGUAGCCCUGCCUGUCCGCUGAAAAACAAUAGAAACAGCACAGAAGGGACAGAGUUAGCCCGUUCUAACUGGACGAAUCCGCUCUAAAACCGUACAUAUCCCGACUCGGGCUCGACCAAGUGGGGAGGAAUACCCGCGCCGGGAACCUCGGGAGGAAUAAAUAAAGUAUGAUGCUUUAUUAGAGCGUUUCAGGCUAGCUACCUAGCCUGCUAGUCGAGCUAACGUUAGCCCAACGGUAGUGUUAGCAGCUAGCGGCUAACGGCUACAAGGAGGAGGAGGAUCAGCUGUUUGUAGACAGAUGCUGUAGGAAGGAGCGCACAGCAACACUUUCACAUCUUUAUUGAUGAUGGCGGAUUUUGUUACACCGCGACACAGCGCGGUGAUGGAGAGGCUCCGCCGGAGGAUCGAGCUCUUCCGGCAGCAUCACAACAGCUGCGAGAGCCGCUACGAGAACGCGACGCUGGAGCGACUGGAGCUGGAGAGGCAGCAGACCUUCGCCCUGCACCAGCGCUGCCUGCAGGCCAAAGCUAAGCGGUCCAACAAGCACCGGCAGCCCCAACCCAGCAGCGGCGACCAGGCCGGGCAGAGAGCGCCCGGUGGUGGCGGCGGAGGCAGCGCAGAUCUCGGGGAGAGCGGAGGAGGCACCGCGGCAGAGCAGAGCCGGAACAGCACCCUGAUAGCGCUGCAGGAGACGGUGAAGAGGAAGUUGGAGAGCGCCAGUUCUCCGCUGGGAAGAGAUCAGGUCAAUGGUUUCAGCGAUGGCUUCCCCCCGAACAAGAAGGCGUGUCUAGACAACGGCACAGCCAACGGCUCGCCGCUGGACUCCAAGCUAGGGAUCAGCGACUCUCUGAACUCCAACGGGACGCACGGGCCAGCAGGCGAGUCGGCGGACGGCGGCAGGGAGCCGGCUUCAGACUUCCAUCGCAAGGAGAUGAAGCAAGAGCCGGACGACAUUCUGCCCAUCAUGCCGCCGUCGGGCGGAGGCACCAACAGCCUCUUCCCCGACCUCAACCUGAACGAGCAGGAGUGGACGGAGCUGAUGGAGGAGCUCAACUGCUCCGUCGUCUACGAGGACAUCCAGGACAUUCUCAACGAUGGCUUCGAGGACCGCAAAGACCCUCUGGAGCUGGCGCCGACUCCCGGUGGCGCGGGAGGCGUGGGCGGGGGCCCGGCAUCGCAGGGUCUACUUCCUCCAGAUCUGGCCAGCGUUAAGACGGAGUUCUCCCCGGCUUCCGUGGCUUUUGAGCAGGACUCUCGCACCGGCUCCCCCCACGUCAGAUCCACGUCCUCUGGGCCGCCUCCUCACCCCACGAGCUCCCCCGUUGCAUCCUCCUCCGCGUCCUCUCCAGCGCUGCCGCCCUCCCAGCCUGCGCCCCCCCCACCCAGGCAGCAUCAGCCCCCGCCAAACCACCUUCUCCCUCCGGGCCCCCCUGUGCCCAAAGACCUGUCUCCCGCACAGCAGCUGCAGCAGCUGGCCGCGCAGCAGCAGAGAGCGCAGCACCUCCAUGGACAGAUGCAGCACAAGCAGCCACAGCCGGGAGCCAAGUUCCACAAUCAGGGGCCCCAUGCGCACCCCCCGCCUUGGCCUCAGAUGGCCAACCCCUCUCAGAGCCCACUAGGGGGCGCGUUUGGUAUGGACAAGCCAACGAGCCCCUCUCUGUACCCGCAGGACUUUAACCCCAACGCGCAGAAGCAGCUGCUGAUGCCCGGUCAGCCCAACAAAGGCUCUCCCAAAGCGGGGGCCGGCGGCUACAUGCCGGGGCCCCCCGGGCACCCCAAUAUAAUGGGUCACCCGACGUCAGGGCCGCCGCUCAGCCACCCGCCGGGACAAGGCGGCGCUCAGACCACGGCUGCCAUGCUGAACUACAACAACACCAAACCUUUGUCGCACUUUGAGGCGGGUCCCGGGCUGCCGCGGCUCCCCAACACCCAGAGCCAGAACAAGGCGGCGCUGCUGACGCUGCUCCGACAGCAGCAGCAGAUCAAGCAGAAGAACAGCAUGACCUACCGCCAGCACAUACCGCACACGCAGGACCAGAACCCCUACCCUGCCCCUCCACAUGGCCCGGGCCCCACCAACACCAUGGCGUCUGCGCCCGGAAACAACGCCAUGACGGCCCAGCCGGGGGCAAACGCCAUGGCGGGUAAUCACGGUAACACAGCGUACCUGAGCAGCCAGGUGGCGGCGGCGCUGAAACAGCAGCAACAGCAGCAGCAUCAGCAGCAGAUCCUGGAGCAGCAGAAGCAGCAGUACAUGCAGAGACAGCAGCUCAUGGCUGAACAGGAGAAGCAGCGGCAGCAGGACCAGCAGCUGCAGAGACACCUGACCCGACCGCCGCCACAGUACCAGGACCAGCCGGGACAACCGGCCAAUCAGAACCCUUUCCCACAGCCGCCAGUCAACCAGUUUACAGCUUCCUCUCAGCCAAUGGGCAGCGUCGGCUCCAUGGGAGGCCCCGCCCCCUCCCAGCGUAUGUUCCCUCAGAACCAGGGCAUGAUGGGUAUUAGCAUGGGGCAAGGUGGCGGGCCAGCAGGCGGCGUAGCUCCGCCCCCUGCGGGCAGCCAGGCUGACAUCGGCCUGUCGUCCUGCGGUGGCGGAGGAGGCGGGGCCGGCGUGGACGUGCAGCAGGUGCUCUACAACAACAUGAGCCUUCACGCGGCGCAGCAGGGCAGCCUGCAGCGCCAGCCUCUGGGCGCCAUGACCGCCUCCUACAGGCAGAACCUGCUGGCUCAGCAGCAGCAGCAGCAGCACCUGAAGACCCAGCCCAAUGCCGCCAUGUUGAAGCAGCAGCAGCUGGCCGCCGCCGCUCGCAUGCCGGGCUCCAUGCAGAGCGCCAUGGGACCCGGUCUGCCCGGCGCCAUGCAAGGGGCGCAGAGCGGCGCCUGGCAGCAGCAGCUGGGCAACCAGACGCCCUCCGGUAACGCCGGAUUACCGCCAAACGCCUUCAACAACUCCAACGCCUUUCACAUGCAGCAGCAGCAGUCUCGCAUUCCCAAGAUGGCGUCCGGCGCGGCGCCCUUCGUCACAAACCCCGGCGGGCGUCCGAUAGGAGGUCGGAACGCGGUGCAUCAGAUGAUGCAGACAAAUAUGGCCGCUGCACAGCAGAGGGCGCCGCCCAACGCUCAAAGCCUCGGCCAGCAGCAGACUCAACAACAGGCCAAUCAGAGCCUCCCCGACCUGGCGGCCUUCGGACAGCCGCAGGGCAACGGCCGCCAGGGACUGCAGUGUAACCAAGGAUACCAGGUGAGCAGGACUGCCAGUCAGCAGCAGCAGCAGGUGGCUUUCGGUUACAACGUGGCGUCGGGGAGCUUCGCCGGCGAGAGCGAGCUGGUGGACUCGCUUCUGAAGGGUCAGAGCACCCAGGAGUGGAUGGCCGACCUGGACGAACUGCUCGCCAGCCACCACUAGACAAGACUUAACACUGUUGUGAUUUAAACAAACA